CAAGAUGGCGCCGGCGGAAGGGACCGGGUACCGCCGAGAGGGGAUGACAGCGUCGAGGCUGGAGCUGAACCUGGUGCGGCUGCUCUGCCGCUGCGAAACGAUGGCAGCGGAGAAGAGGGACCCGGACGAGUGGCGUCUGGAAAAGUACGUGGGAGCUCUCGAGGACAUGCUGCAGGCCCUGAAAACCCAGGCAAGCAAACCGGCCUCCGAGGUGAUCAAUGAAUAUUCCCGCAAGGUAGAUUUCCUGAAGGGGAUGCUGCAGGCAGAGAAGCUGACCUCCUCCUCAGAGAAAGCACUAGCCAACCAGUUCCUGGCCCCUGGCCGUGUACCAACCACAGCCAAGGAGCGGGUACCCGCCACGAAGACAGUGCAUCUGCAGUCCCGGGCACGGUACACCAGCGAAAUGCGGAGUGAGCUUCUAGGCACGGACUCUGCUGGAGAGCCCGAGCUGGAUGUGAGGAAGAGAACUGGGGUGGCAGGGCCCAGGCCAGGAGAUGAGAAACAGUCAGCAGCCGAACUAGACCUCGUCCUGCAGCGACAUCAGAACCUCCAGGAGAAGCUGGCAGAGGAGAUGCUAGGCCUGGCCCGGAGCCUCAAGACCAACACACUGGCCGCCCAGAGCGUCAUUAAGAAGGACAACCAGACCCUGUCGCACUCACUCAAGAUGGCUGACCAGAACCUGGAGAAGCUGAAGACGGAGUCGGAGCGGCUGGAGCAACACACGCAGAAGUCGGUCAACUGGCUGCUCUGGGCCAUGCUUGUUAUUGUCUGCUUCAUCUUCAUCAGCAUGGUCCUCUUCAUCCGCAUCAUGCCCAAACUCAAAUAAAGACCUGUGCUGGCCCCCCGCAUCCGUCUGCCCUCCACCCGUGUUCACGGGUGCCCUUUGGGCUAGGCAACAAUAUGGGAGGGUCUUUGGAGGUUCCUGAGAGCCACAGAGGAUGCACGAGCCGGAGAGGAAGGUCAGUCUGGGAAGGGACUCAGAGGACCAUCCCCCUCGGAUUCCCCCCUGGUACCUACCCCACACUGCAAAAGGCCAGGUCCCAAGAAGCCCCAGGAGCCUCCGGUCUGAUAGAGUCGAAGGCCAACAGUGCCUUCAGCCCUGUGGGAUCAAGGGGAGGGUGGGGGAGAAAUGGGGCUAUGCCUGGAGGUCGGCCUGGAGGAGGGAGUGUCAGUGCUGGGCUUUCCUUGAAACUGAAGAUGAUUGGGGCGCCAGGGUGGCUCAGUCGGUUGAGCGUCCAACUUCAGCUCGGGUCAUGAUCUCGCGGUC